AUGAUUUCUUUCAAGCGAGUCUUAUUGGGCGUUGCUACUUUCCACCUUAAGUUGAUCACCGCAACUACCGGCGGGAUCUUUCCAACUAAAAAUCACGACAUAGAUUCAGAGAUAUUUGGAAGCCUUGGAGAAAUUACCAACAACUCACCAUGGCGUUCAAAAAUGCAUAUCUCAGACAAAAAUACUUUUAAUAUCAUGGACGUAGACCCCGUACCGAUUGAAUCCUCCCCUGGCUUUUUUUCAGAUGUUUACAAUAAUUGCAAAAGCGCCGGAUCAGUGCCACCCUCCAGCUUGAGCAAUAGCAUUGUAGUUGGUAAUAAAGGUAUUCAAAACGCACACGAUGCCUAUCACCCGUUGCUUAAAGAAUGUGGAUGGUACGAAGGAUUGGGAGUGGAUCAACAAGCUCAGUAUCAAUCCCUCCCUACAGUCAUAUCUUUGACGAAGCCGCGUCCCUCAGCAUCACACCUGGAAUGGAAAUCUAGAGCCAAAACCAUGAAAGGUGCUAAAAAAACAAAACAAAUCAGCCCGCAGACUCCAAACAAAGAUAAACCUGAGAGUCUCAUCCACGCAAAAGAUCAAACCGGUAAUCGAAAAUUCAACAAGUCUACCCAAGUUACAACUAAGUUGCUUUUCAGAGAACUUCAGGAAGCCAAGAAAGAUAAACUCCUCCAUAAUCAAUUUGUUGAGGCUCGAGAUAAAAAAUAUGACACGAAAGCCAAGGAGAGCAAGGCAGCUGAGGAUCUCGAAAAGAAGAUCGAAGAUAACAGAGACGCAAUAGUAAACGCAUAUCGGGUCCCAAACAGAGCAGAAUACAGAGUUACACUGACACAGUUUUUACCGCAACCCGAUUCGGAACUUGAAGGAAAAGAGAUUGCUAUCUAUCCUUCCUAUUCCCGCCACGGCGACAAAUUUCCAAGAGAUGGGAUUCAGGAAACUCAUAACGCCUACAUCAAGCUUCUAUCAACACCAUCAAAAACCUUACCGGAAGCCACAAUGAAGGCAAACCGUGUGCUGUUCAGAACAAAAAUGAUUGGGCACUAUUUAGAUUAUCUGCAGCAAUUUCCUGAAAUUUUCUCCAAGGCACAACUCCAAAGCAAGAUUUCAGAUGAAGAUCACGAACAUCUUCUUGAAUGGUUCUACAACUUAGUAUUUAAGGACACUCAAGAUCACCCGCCUCUCAUGGGGUGGGCUGAACUUUUUCAACUAGAUGAAAAAAGAAGAAAGAAAUUCAAUGCUGCUCAGAUUCUUAUUUACAAAUUUAUAACACAGGGAGGUGGGCUAACAAUCCCUGAAAUUGGUUAUGUUGCAAUUGAGUUGCGCAAAAUCUGGUUAAGAUCACAAUAUCCCAAAUUAGAAGAACAAAAGUUAAACUCUUUAGUGGCAGAAGUAGAAUCAUUUUUAUUCACUCACACAACUUAA